AUGUAUCCUCUCUCCCUCUCUUCCUCCCCCUGUCUCCUCUAUCCUCCUCACCUCAAUUCCCGUUCUCCAUUUCUCCUCCUCCCCUCCUCUCCUCCCGUCUCUCAUGUGUCCUCUCCUCUCUCUCCCCUCACCCCUACCUCCCCCAUCCCCCAUGUCUCCUCCUCCCCUCCUCUCCUCCCGUCUCUCAUGUGUCCUCUCCUCCCGUCUCUCAUGUGUCCUCUCCUCCUCCCCAUGUCUCCUCUCUUCUCCUCCCCAUGUCUCUUCUCUCCCUCUCCUCCUCCCCAUGUCUCCUCUCUUCUCCUCUCCAAGUCUCUUCUCUUCCUCUCCUCCUCCCCAUGUCUCCUCUCUUCUCCUCCCCAUGUCUCUUCUCUUCCUCUCCUCCUCCCCAUGUCUCCUCUCUUCUCCUCCUCAUGUCUCUUCUCUCCCUCUCCUCCUCCCCAUGUCUCCUCUCUUCUCCUCCCCAUGUAUCCUCUCUCCCUCUCUUCCUCCCCCUGUCUCCUCUCUUCUCCUCCCCAUGUCUCUUCUCUUCCUCUCCUCCUCCCCAUGUCUCCUCUCUUCUCCUCCCCAUGUCUCUUCUCUUCCUCUCCUCCUCCCCAUGUCUCCUCUCUUCUCCUCCCCAUGUCUCUUCUCUUCCUCUCCUCCUCCCCAUGUCUCCUCUCUUCUCCUCCCCAAGUCUCUUCUCUUCCUCUCCUCCUCCCCAUGUCUCCUCUCUUCUCCUCCCCAUGUCUCUUCUCUUCCUCUCCUCCUCCCCAUGUCUCAUCUAUCCCCCUCACCUCAACUCCCGUUCUCCAUGUCUCCUCCUCCCCUCCUCUCCCGUCUCUCAUGUGUCCUCUCCUCUCUCCCCCCUCAUCCCUACCGCCUCCAUCCCCCAUGUCUCCUCCUCCCCUCCUCUCCCGUCUCUCAUGUGUCCUCUCCUCCUCCCCAUGUCUCCUCUCUUCUCCUCCCCAUGUAUCCUCUCUCCCUCUCUUCCUCCCCCUGUCUCCUCUCUUCUCCUCCCCAGGUCUCUUCUCUUCCUCUCCUCCUCCCCAUGUCUCCUCUCUUCUCCUCCCCAUGUAUCCUCUCUCCCUCUCUUCCUCCCCAUGUCUCCUCUAUCCUCCUCACCUCAACUCCCGUUCUCCAUGUCUCCUCCUCCCCUCUCCUCCCGUCUCUCAUGUGUCCUCUCCUCUCUCUCCCCUCACCCCUACCUCCCCCAUCCCCCAUGUCUCCUCCUCCCCUCCUCUCCUCCCGUCUCUCAUGUGUCCUCUCCUCCCGUCUCUCAUGUGUCCUCUCCUCCUCCCCAUGUCUCCUCUCUUCUCCUCCCCAUGUCUCUUCUCUCCCUCUCCUCCUCCCCAUGUCUCCUCUCUUCUCCUCUCCAAGUCUCUUCUCUUCCUCUCCUCCUCCCCAUGUCUCCUCUCUUCUCCUCCCCAUGUCUCUUCUCUUCCUCUCCUCCUCCCCAUGUCUCCUCUCUUCUCCUCCUCAUGUCUCUUCUCUCCCUCUCCUCCUCCCCAUGUCUCCUCUCUUCUCCUCCCCAUGUAUCCUCUCUCCCUCUCUUCCUCCCCCUGUCCUCCUCUCUUCUCCUCCCCAUGUCUCUUCUCUUCCUCUCCUCCUCCCCAUGUCUCCUCUCUUCUCCUCCCCAUGUCUCUUCUCUUCCUCUCCUCCUCCCCAUGUCUCCUCUCUUCUCCUCCCCAUGUCUCUUCUCUUCCUCUCCUCCUCCCCAUGUCUCCUCUCUUCUCCUCCCCAAGUCUCUUCUCUUCCUCUCCUCCUCCCCAUGUCUCCUCUCUUCUCCUCCCCAUGUCUCUUCUCUUCCUCUCCUCCUCCCCAUGUCUCAUCUAUCCCCCUCACCUCAACUCCCGUUCUCCAUGUCUCCUCCUCCCCUCCUCUCCCGUCUCUCAUGUGUCCUCUCCUCUCUCCCCCCUCAUCCCUACCGCCUCCAUCCCCCAUGUCUCCUCCUCCCCUCCUCUCCCGUCUCUCAUGUGUCCUCUCCUCCUCCCCAUGUCUCCUCUCUUCUCCUCCCCAUGUAUCCUCUCUCCCUCUCUUCCUCCCCCUGUCUCCUCUCUUCUCCUCCCCAGGUCUCUUCUCUUCCUCUCCUCCUCCCCAUGUCUCCUCUCUUCUCCUCCCCAUGUAUCCUCUCUCCCUCUCUUCCUCCCCAUGUCUCCUCUAUCCUCCUCACCUCAACUCCCGUUCUCCAUGUCUCCUCCUCCCCUCUUCUCCCGUCUCUCAUGUGUCCUCUCCUCUCUCCCCCCUCAUCCCUACCUCCUCCAUCCCCCAUGUCUCCUCCUCCCCUCCUCUCCCGUCUCUCAUGUGUCCUCUCCUCUCCCCUCCCUCACCCACACCUCCCUCACCCUCCCCAUGUGUCCUCCGCCCUGGUUUCCUGGGCCUGGUGUAUUGUAA